AACAAAAUUGAAUGAACUUUCUGGGGAGGAGCCUCAUAAUACUCUAAGUCAAUACCUUAGCGCUUCAAAUGUACAAACUAAUCCUUCGAGUUUGCAAAGGCAAAAUACAGAAAAUAUAUUGGAUGAUAAU